AUGAAGAGGUGUUUGCCUGUUCUGAACACUGCCAACGGAGUCGCUGUCGAGGUGGCAACCCUGCCCAUCUGGAGAGGACAUUUCAACGCCUUGCUUAACCUGCAAGCGCCGUCAGUCUCUGAACUCGUGCACGCCCAAAGACCGACAUAUAUUGCGGUCAGCGAAGAAGCACCGACUGAAUCGGUGGUUCUCGUCUGUAUGCGAAAAAUGAUGAAAGCAAAAUCUGGUGGAGACGAUGGAAUCAGCGCAGAAUGCUCAAAUCUAUUCCUCGUUCUAGGAUUCGUGGGAUAA